GAGUGGGAAAGUUAGUUAUGUCCCUGAGAGGAAGCCAACGAGAACAACACCAAAUCGUUUCUGUGUGUGUCUCUCUGAGAUGGGUGAGGUCGGAGAGAAGAGGUAUGCGGUGCUGAUGUGCGGUGAGGAUUCGGAGUACUUGUUGAAGAUGCACGGAGGUUGUUACGGGAUGUUCGGGAGAGUGUUGGCGGAGGAGGGAGAGAGGUGGGACCUGUACAAGGUGGUGCAGGGAGAGUUUCCGGCCAACCACCACCUCUCUCUCUACGAUGGGUUUGUCAUCACCGGAAGCUGUUACGACGCCCAUGCUAACGAUUCUUGGAUUCUUGAACUUCUGGAACUCGUUAACAGAUUGCACUCUAUGCACAAGAAAAUCCUUGGCAUUUGCUUCGGCCACCAGAUAAUUGGGCGUGCAUUGGGAGGGAAGGUGGGUCGGUCUACGAAGGGUUGGGACAUUGGUGUUAAAUCUAUAAACAUCUCAUCAUCUCUGCCAUUCUCUUUCUCUUCUCUCAACCUCCCAUCACACCUUUCCAUACACAAAUGCCACAGGGACGAGAUUCUAGAGCUCCCUCCUAAAGCACACCUCAUUGCUUCCUCAGAAAUGACUGGAAUUGAGAUGUUCAGCUAUGGAGAUCACAUCUUUUGCAUCCAAGGCCACCCAGAAUUCACCCACGACAUCCUCUUCCACUUUAUAGACCGUAUUAUUACACGAAAUUUGGUCCAGGAAGCUUUUGCUUUGGAUGCAAAGGAUAAGGCGGCACUACUAAAACCAGACAAGGACAUUUUGAAAACAUUAUGCGUCAAUUUUCUGAAGGGGCGAUUGUGACUCUCAUCACUUGCUACUAUUCAAUAAGAUCAACACUGUAAAAUAGUACCAGCGUGGUAAUAUUUGAGAUGUUAUUAUUAGUCUGAUUAAUAUUUGGCAUGCUAAUGCUAUGUUGGCAUCCAUUAUGAAGAAUGAGUGUAAUGUACCAGAAUUCCACAAUAAUGAUCUUAGGUAAAUCCGAAUUUUUCUUCUUAA